GCCAGGACCCAUAUGUUUGCUGUGCUUUGUCCUGAGGUCUGCGGACUGACCCUUGGGCCUAACUUUCCAAGGACCAGUGAAAAUAUUGGGACCAAGAUCCUUGCUAAAUAAAAACCAAGAAAUGUUUACAAAAGGUGGCGUUUGCAUCUCCACUCCAUGGUGACACAGCUGGUGUGGGGCUGAUCUCAGGGUUGAAUGGCCGUGGAGGGUGGGGUUCCCAAGCUGAGUAUACCUGAACUCCAGGACACCUGGGACACACGGGGCCUGCUCCACUUUGGGCAUGUGGUGCAGGGCUCUGGGCGAGGCCCUGGGCCAACCCCUCUGGCCAGCGAACACACCUUCCCAAUCCCCUGUCCCCCUCCCCACCACACAGGGUAGCCAGUCUCCUACCAAUAUGUAGGAAGGGUCUAGAAUGUCAGGCAGGGUGAGGUCUGACCCAGAGGAGGCUGGACCUUGUUCCAUGGGCACAGUUUCCUGAAAGUGUCCUCUGUCCUGGCCAGUCUGAGGGGAUGCAGCCAGCCCUUCGUGGUGACCGUGAGGGCCCAUGGGUGAAGGGCUCUGGGGCAGAGCCGGGUGGCUGGCUGGCCGUCCAGAGCUCUCAGUCCUUGCCAAGGGGUCAGGUAGCUGUGGCAGUGGUGGCAGCCCCCUGCCAACAAUAACGGUGGGACCGCAGGACUGGGAGAGCCGGCUGGGCAGGUCCCUGGGUGCCUGUGCCAGGAGCCGGCCCCCUCUCCCUCUCAAGGUCCUGUCCUAUAGGCCCAACCUGUUCGAGUUCAGCAGGAUCCCAGGCCCCUGGAGAAGCAGAGGCUUCUGGACCCCCACCACCCUCCAGCACAUGAUGGCAGGGAACCCCCCUCCUCUGGCCAGGCCCAGGAAGCCGGGUACUGGGGAGGCCCAGGAGGAGGAGGAGGAGGUGGAGGAGGCGGGCUCUGUGAGGCCAAGGGCAGAGAUGCUGCAGCAGGCCCAGGAACUGUUUCUGCUGUGUGACAAGGACGCCAAGGGCUUCAUCACUCGGCAUGACCUGCAGGGCCUGCAGAGCGACCUGCCCCUCACGCCAGAACAGCUAGAGGCUGUGUUUGAAAGCCUGGAUCAGGCCCACAUGGGCUUCCUCACCGCUUGGGAGUUCUGCCUUGGUCUUGGGAAGUUUGUGGGGGUGGAGUCAGCCCAGGGCGCACUGCCCUCCCAGGCUCCAGAGGAAACCUUUGAGUCAGGCUGGUCAGAUGUGCAUGGCACGGGGGGCUCCCUGGAGGAGGAGGAAGAGGAGGAGGAGAGAGUCGGCCAGGCGCUGGAGCAGCUGGGGGUGGCCCCCGUCCUGGGCGAACAGCGAGCGGUGCGGACGCUCUGGACCCGGCUGCAGCGCGAGCGACCGGAGCUGCUGGGCUCCUUCGAGGAUGUUCUGAUGCGCGCGUCGGCCUGCCUGGAGGAGGCGGCCCGAGAGCGGGACAGCCUGGAGCAGGCGCUGCGACGGCGGGAGAGCGAGCACGAGAGGGAGGUGCGGUGUCUAUACGAGGAGAUGGAGCAGCAACUUCGGGAGCAGCGCCAGCGCCUGCGGACUCAGGACCUCCCCCGGGAGGAGCGCAGAGGCCUCCUGGAGCUGGAGCUGCAGAACCGCGACCAGGAGCUGGAGCGUGCGGGCCUGCGACAGCGGGAGCUGGAACAGCAGCUGCAGGCCCGGGCCAGCGAGCAGCUGGAGGCGCAGGCGCAGAACGCCCAGCUGUGGCUAGCCCACGAGGCGCUGAGAACUCAGUUGGAGGGAGCGCAGGAGCAGCUCCGCAGACUGGAGGGCGACCUGCAGGGCCGCCAGGAGCAAACCCUACGAGAGGUGGUCGCAGUCUCAAGGAACAUGCAGAAAGAGAAGCUCAGCCUCCUGCGACAGCUGGAGCUCCUCAGGGAGCUGAACACAAGGCUGCGAGACCAGAGGGAUGCCUGUGAGGCCAAGCGGCUGGGCAGUGGCCGAAGGAAAGCCCUGGCAGUGGCCCGCUCGCCAGGGCCCACCUGCUGCUGUUGCUGCUGCUGCAGCUGGGCUCGCCCUCCAAGACGUGGCUCUGGCCAUCUUCCCAGUGCCCGCUGACCAUCCCUGAGUGACUCACUGGGCAUUACUUGGAGAAGCUGCCCCUUGAAGGUGGUGCAUCGUGGCUAGGGGCUGCUCAUCCAGGAUGUGGGCUCUAUUCCGUGGACUGCCUGGCCUGCCUGCAUGUAGACAUGAAGGAACUGAGGAGUGGCCCGUUUCAUGUUCCUCCCUGCUGGUCCCCAUCCUGUCCCCAUUCCAUCAAACCGAUCUCUGACCAGCAGAAAAACUCCUUCCUCCUAAUAAAGCCCAUUGACUGCA